AUGGGACUGCAGUAUGGUUGUCUCUUCCCUGCAUCUUUUACUUCACCGAAGACAGCAUUUACAUUUGCAGUGUUGGACGACUUCCUGCUGGACAACCUGGAAUGCAGGACAUCGGCAAUGAACUACUACAGUAAAUUAAGGAGAAUCACAUCAAGCGUGUUCCCUCAUCUGGUUCCAGACCGGUACAGAGAAUUGAUGAGGGUCGGCAGGCAGUGGAGACAAGUGAAGCAGCUCAAGUGGCAUGGGUUUGGCCAUGAGAAGCGAAAGCUGAAGGCAGGGGAGCUUGCACUCUUCUGUCCUGCAUGUCCUCAGCCCAGUGUAAACCUCAGUAUGUCAGACAGAAACAGAUCCGACCCUGCAUGGCUGUAUUUGAGAUCUUUGGUCAUGGAUGGCAAUUUCAAGGCCGAGCAUUUACAUCCCACCAAUCCAACCAAUGAAGUGGCAUUGACUGACGGCUUGGGCUUCAUGGUCAGCGAUGCCCGAUACAAAAUGCAUCUAUCCCAGGUGCAGGACAUUGUGCAAAGGUCAGACUGUAAUAACCACCGAGUGGUCAACCAAGCAAAUGCUUCCUGCCACCGGCUGGAAGCCACAGGGAUAGGAGGGUGUGCUUGCGCGAGACAUGGGUGUUUUGUCCCUCAUUCAAUGGUGGACUUCCAGAAGGGGGAAAGGCAAAUGAACAUGGAUUAUGCGCUGUGUCAAGCUCUGGGGUACAACACCGAUGGUAUUGAUUGGGCAUUGACAUUCUAUGACAUUAAUUGUCAAUACAACAAGCAUCUGAGCAAGCGGAUUGAGGACUCGCCCUAUCUUGACCUUCCAUGGGGCAUGGAGAUUAUUCCUGGCAUCGGGCUCUGGCAUGUCCACGGCCAUCAAGACAAAUGCUAUGUGCGGUAUGCAUCCAAUUUCAUAACAGGUGCCACCAGAAUCGACGGCGAAAUCAUGGAGACCCUGUGGGCGCCCUUGAACAUCAUAUCACCGUCAGCAAGAGGGAUGUCCACCCCUCACCGAAAGGAGUGUUUGGACUUUCAGAUGAAUGAUUGCAAUUUUAUAAAGAUGAUACACAUUAGUGAGCAAUAUCAUGUUAUCCAGCUAGCAAAUUCAAAUGCAUUUAGGCAAAUUCCUUUGCCGAAAAUUUAA